AUGGGCUUCCUCCUUUUCGGUUAUGACCAAGGCGUUAUGUCCGGUAUUAUCAGCGCACCGAAGUUUUUCAAGCUGCUUCCCAUGCUGGACGGAGACAACACUUUGCAGGCCACUGUCACGGCUGUCUACGAAGUUGGAUGCUUGUUCGGCGCUAUGUUUGCUCUGUUCACCGGUGACAGGCUUGGUCGCCGCAAGAUGGUUAUCGCAGGCGCCGCUGUCAUGAUUAUCGGCGUUGUUAUCCAAGUCACAGCUGUCGAAGACGCCACGCCUCUUGCACAGUUCAUUGUGGGACGAGUCGUGACUGGUGUUGGUAACGGAAUGAAUACUUCUACCAUCCCGACCUACCAGGCUGAAUGUUCCAAGACUAGCAACCGUGGUCUUCUGAUCUGUAUUGAGGGAGGUAUUAUUGCUAUUGGAACAGCUAUCGCCUAUUGGAUCGACUUCGGUGCCUCCUUCGGGCCAGUGGACCUUGUUUGGCGAUUCCCCAUUGCUUUCCAGAUCGUCUUCGGUUUGGUCAUCGUUGUCCAUGAGGGAGAAUAUGCUUUGGCCGCCCUCGCUGGUAAAGAGAUUGACGACCAUGAGACUCAGCUUCAGAAGCAGCUUGUAUUGGAAUCUAUCGAAGCUGCUGGUGCUGCCGAGGGUGCAGGAUACUCGGAUCUCCUUACUAGUGGCCGUACCCAACACUUCCGUCGCAUGUUGAUUGGGUCCUCCUCGCAAAUUGCUCAACAGCUCUCUGGAUGCAACGCCGUCAUUUACUACCUGCCUGUCCUGAUGCAGCAGUCGCUGGGCAUGGAGCGAUUGCUAUCCAUGAUUAUCUCCGGUGUGAACAUGAUUGUCUACGCACUCUUUGCUACCUUCUCCUGGUUCUUCAUUGAGAAGAUUGGUCGUCGUAAGCUGUUUAUCGGCGGUAUGACCGGUCAACUUGUCGCCAUGAUCAUCGUCUUUGCUUGUCUUAUCCCCGACAAGCCGGAACCAUCAAAGGGCGCUGUCUUCGGUUUCUUCCUUUACAUGUCCUUCUUCGGUGCUUCAAUCCUGCCUCUGCCCUGGUUGUACCCUGCCGAGAUCUCGCCCAUCCGUACCCGUGCCAAGGCCAACGCUGUCUCGACCUGCUCCAACUGGCUCUUCAACUUCACAGUUGUUAUGAUCACCCCUGUUAUGGUAGACCGAAUUAGGUGGGGUACUUAUCUGUUCUUCGCUGCCUGGAACGCCGUCUUCAUCCCCGUCAUGUACUUCUUCUACCCCGAGACCGCGGGCCGCAGUCUGGAAGAGAUCGAUAUCAUCUUUGCCAAGGGUUACUGCGAAAACAUGAGCUAUGUCAAGGCCGCCAAGGACCUUCCCAAGCUCACCGACGAGCAGGUCGAGGAGAAGGCCCUUGAGUAUGGCUUCGGCGGUGCUGGCAGCGGUGCUAGCGAUGAGGAGAAGGGCCACAACUCGACAAGCUCGGAUGCCAACGAGCUUCAGGAAGAGGUUCACCAGGAUAUCGUGGCGAACGAGUGA